AUGGAUCACCAGGCUGAGGGGACCCACGACAACACGCUGGAACUGGUCGAAGAAGACAUGGAGAGGUGUGAGGAACUCCUUCGACAGGACUCCUUCAGGCUGCAGGCACCAGGAUGUACAGCAAAUCUGGGCGAUGCUGAGGGGUGUACCUAUGAAAAAGAUUCCAAGUUUCCAAUUGCUGAUGGUAGUCAGGAGGGGCGUCGCCAGAUGAUUCAGAAAUUGAUCCUGCAGAGAAGGAGUCAGCAGGAGCAUACUGGCACAAGUGAGGAUGGGAGAGAUGGUGCAAUGCAGCCAAGCCGACGAGAGAGGGUGCAGCAGCUGUUGAAUGAAAGGCGUGCACAAAUGCAGUCAUAUGAAGGUCAAGUCCCAUCCAGUUAUCUUGCUUCAGGCCCUGGAAAUGACUGCUUCAGCCCCAGGAGUUCUUCUAGUUUGGCUUCAGGGAGUGGUGUCACAUCUGACUAUCCAUCAGCGGAUGGGGCAAAUGAGGGUGCGCCAGAUGAGCAACCCUUGACUUCUGGCACGCCUCAGAGGCAUCCCAUAUUCAAUCUUACUGAAGGUGAGGGAUAUGAAGAUAUUUCACCAAGAGGUGGGCAGAAUGCUGCCAAGUGUGGCCACCAGAGUCCACACAAUCAGGGAAAUGGGGCAACACCCCUGGAGAUCGACUCAUCCAUAUGGAUUCAGGACACAAGUGCCAUCAGUUCCUGUGAUGACUUGCAGUCUUCUCACCCAAGUGACACUGCUGCUGCCACUGUGAGCGCUGCCAAGAAGUCCUUGGGCAUUAAUGAAGGCUAUAGGAUCAGCAGCACGAGAGGUGAAGGACAGCGCAGAGCCAAAUCUGCAGGCCAGACUCCACGAGGCACAUCUCCCAAGUAUGAUUGUACCAAUGGUGGCGAUCGAAAGCAUGGUGAUCCAGCACAAGGAGCACAAUAUGCUGGGCCGUUCUUCCUCAGUUUUAUGGAUAAAUGUGCAAAUCGACACUCACGAGAAGCUGUGCAGCAGCGUGUGGAGGCCGAAUCCAGUCAAGACCUCACAUUCAAGCCCAAAGUGUACUCUAAGAGGCACACUUCUACCAUGGCCUACCCCAGAUCCAGGGAGGAGCGGAUACGGCAGCUUGCUCAGCCCAGGACAAUUCAGUGGGAGAAAUAUGCAAAGGUGCACCAAGCAAUGCAUGCCGAGCAUUGCAAAUUCCUUAUCAGGGCAUAA